GGUCGUAUAUUUCUAAUGUUCCUCUCUCCAGCCAUCAUCGGUAACUCCCAGGAGGCCUAUAAGGAUGCGUUUGAGAUCAGCAAGAAGGACAUGCAACCCACCCACCCGAUUCGCCUGGGUCUGGCUCUCAACUUCUCUGUCUUCUACUACGAGAUCCUCAACUCCCCCGAGCAGGCCUGCAAACUGGCCAAGACGGCUUUCGACGACGCUAUUGCAGAGCUUGAUUCUCUGAGUGAAGACUCCUACAAAGACAGCACCUUGAUCAUGCAGCUACUGAGAGACAACUUGACACUGUGGACCUCAGACAACCAGGGAGAUGGGGAGGAUGCUGAGGAGGGUAGAGACUGACCUGGUUCCUGUUCCCUGGUCUGUCUGUCUGACUGACUGUCAUCAUCCUCUAUCAACACUGAGACAGACAGACUGACCACCUCAUCCUGCCCAACGCUUCUCUUUAGUUCUGUCUGUCACGUCGUCUCACACCUCCAUACGUUUACUCUUCUUUCGGGAAUCAUUGUGGGGGGUGGGGGGGGGUUGCUUUCCAGGACUUGGUUGUGGGAGGGUUUCGUUCCAGGACUUGGUUGUGGGAGGGGUUUCGUUCCAGGACUUGGUUGUGGGAGGGGUUUUGGGACGUAUAUUAUGGUAUGUUGGGGUGAGGGACUUGUCUACUGAGCGUAUAAUUAUUUGUGGGCGGAGCAACAGGGUGUUACAUGUAGGUUGACGGGGGAGGGAAGUUCUCAACUCAUGCAGGUUGGGAAGUAACCUGGUCUAGUCCUCUACCUGGGUUCAGGUUGGGAAUUAACCUGGUCUAGUCCUCUACCUGGGUUCAGGUUGGGAAUUAACCUGGUCUAGUCCUCUACCUGGGUUCAGGUUGGGAAUUAACCUGGUCUAGUCCUCUACCUGUGUUCAGGUUGGGAAUUAACCUGGUCUAGUCCUCUACCUGUGUUCAGGUUGGGAAUUAACCUGGUCUAGUCCUCUACCUGGGUUCAGGUUGGGAAUUAACCUGGUCUAGUCCUCUACCUGGGUUCAGGUUGGGAAUUAACCUGGUCUAGUCCUCUACCUGGGUUCAGGUUGGGAAUUAACCUGGUCUAGUCCUCUACCUGGGUUCAGGUUGUGAAUUAACCUGGUCUAGUCCUCUACCUGGGUUCAGGUUGUGAAUUAACCUGGUCUAGUCCUCUACCUGGGUUCAGGUUGGGAAUUAACCUGGUCUAGUCCUCUACCUGGGUUCAGGUUGGGAAUUAACCUGGUCUAGUCCUCUACCUGGGUUCAGGUUGUGUAUUAACCUGGUCUAGUCCUCUACCUGGGUUCAGGUUGUGAAUUAACCUGGUCUAGUCCUCUACCUGGGUUCAGGUUGUGAAUUAACCUGGUCUAGUCCUCUACCUGGGUUCAGGUUGGGAAUUAACCUGGUCUAGUCCUCUACCUGGGUUCAGGUUGUGAAUUAACCUGGUCUAGUCCUCUACCUGGGUUCAGGUUGGGAAUUAACCUGGUCUAGUCCUCUACCUGUCUACAUGGUAAAGAUCUUGUGCUUGACAACAUUGCUUGAUUCAUUUGUGGUUGGACAUCAGUCUCUCCUGAUUGGAGGAGGCAGCAGCGAGCGGUUUUAGUCUGUAGCCAGGCGACUGACGGCAGGAGCAUUAGGGGAUCGUCCCGAUGGCGUCUUAUCCAUGGUGGGUUGGCGUGGGCGUUGUGCUGCUCCCCAAAUGCCACCCUAUUCCCUGUUAAGUACACUACUUUUAGACCAGAACCCUAUGGACCUUGGUCAAACACUCUGUGCACUAUGAAGGGAGUAGGGCUCCAGCUGAGAGGGAAACCUUGGAUAGUGAUGUUACAUUCCAUUAAACUGUCACUGUUCUGCUCCAGCUUCUUCUUCGGUUUCACUGACCUGCUCACGUCAUUUUGUAUUUCUGUGUCAAGUAGGAGGUUUGGGAAAAGUCUAGAACAAAGAGGACUCCUAGUACUCUGUUUUAAACCAGCAGAGCAAGGAAGAAUUUCCCCUCGUUGCUUCAUCUAGUCGCUGCUUCUUCUUUCCCCAGUUAAGAUUUUCAUUUUUUAUUUUUUAUUUUGAUCUUUGUGGUUAAGAACUGCUUCACGGGGAGAAAGGGGUUGUUGUUGGGCUGGUUGUCUUUGUCCACGUCUUUUUGGAAAUUUUCAUACGAAACACCCAAGCAUAACUGUUAUCUGGAGGGGAUAUGUUAUUUCAUGUAUGUGGAAUUAAAAAGAUAAUUUAAAAGUU